AUGCUGGCCAGAGGGUCCAUACGGAGGCUGCUGCUUGUCUGGGUAGGUCUGUGUGGUUAUUGCUUUCUAAGGGCCGCAGUAGGUUUCCCCAGGAGUUCCUCCCGAUGCACAUUCAUCCCAAGAAGCAUGGCCCUCUGCUAUGAUAUUGGCUAUUCUGAAAUGCGAAUCCCCAAUCUGCUGGAACAUGAAACCAUGGCUGAAGUGAUCCAGCAAUCCUCCAGCUGGCUGCCAUUGCUAGCCAGGGAAUGCCAUCCAGAUGCCCGCAUCUUCCUCUGCUCCCUCUUUGCACCAAUAUGCCUGGACAGAAUCAUCUACCCCUGCCGAAGUCUCUGUGAAAGUGUCCGGGACAGCUGCGCCCCCAUCAUGGCUUGCUAUGGAUACCCUUGGCCAGAGAUCCUCCAGUGUGAUAACUUUCCUAUAGAACACAGUUUGUGUAUCUCUACAAUCAGCGAUGAAACAACUGAGAACAGGAGAAUUCCUCGAGCCAGCUGCCAGGACUGUGAGUUGGAAGAGGCAAGGUCGCCUAAGGAGGUUCUGGAUACCUUCUGUACUAGUGAUUUUGCUGUGAAGGUCCAGAUCUCCCGGAGGAAUCAGACCUCAUCCAGCAUCUUUGACUGUGAUAUGGACUCCCGGUUGGAGGUGCUAAAGCGUGGGCCCCUGCUGCCAACAGAGGUCCAGCCCAGAUUGAAGCAGUGGCUGGAGUGGGAUGCUACCUGUGUGCACAACCUCAUGCGGGGCACUCACACAGGGGCCUACAUAAUCAGUGGAGAGGUCCGGGGCAAUAGACUGGUGGUUAACAAGGCUUAUGCCUGGAACAAGAGGAAUAGGAACCUGCAUCUUGCAGUCAAAAAGUGGAAGCACCACCGGUGCAGACAGUAA